UCUGAGCCCACAGAGUGCUUUGGACCCUUCUUCAGACUGAUCCCCUCCAGCGGUCAGGUGAAGGAGCUACAGACCAUCAUCCGAGACAAAAAUACAUCAAGAAGUGACUUCAAAUUCUAUGCAGACAGAUUAAUUCGUUUGGUGGUUGAAGAGGGCUUGAACCAGCUUCCGUACUCUGACUGCACAAUCACAACGCCAACGGGAUGCCAGUACAAGGGCUUGCAGUUUGUCAAGGGCAACUGCGGAGUCUCCAUUGUGAGGUCGGGAGAGGCUAUGGAACAAGGAUUGCGAUCAUGUUGCCGUUCCAUAAGACUGGGCAAGAUCCUUGUGGAAUCUGAUCUUGAUACUCAUGAAGCAAAAGUGGUAUAUGCAAAGUUCCCAGAAGAUAUAAGUCAGCGUAAAGUUCUUUUGAUGUACCCGAUCAUGAGUUCUGGCAACACUGUCAUUAAGGCAGUUAAUGUUCUUCAAGAGCAUGCAGUGGAAGAAGAGAACAUCAUCUUGCUUAACCUCUUCUCCACACCAGCAGCAGCGAGGACCAUCACUAGUGCUUUCCCGAAGAUGAAUAUCUUAACAUCAGAAGUGCAUCCCGUGGCACCAAACCACUUUGGCCAGAAGUACUUUGGCACGGACUAAAGAACCAAGAUCUCACAGCACCAAUUAUUUGUGUUGUAGAAAGGAAGGAUACACAUUUUGUUUUCUAGACGCCA